AUGGCGGUCGGAAAGAACAACAAUAAAAUGGGAAAGAAGGGAGGCAAGAAGAAGGCCGUUGAUCCAUUCGCCCGUAAGGAAUGGUACGAUAUCAAGGCCCCAAACAUGUUCACCACCCGUCAGGUUGGAAAGACCUUGAUCAACAGAACCCAGGGAACCAAGAUCGCUUCUGAGGGACUCAAGGGACGUGUCUUCGAAGUCUCGCUCGGAGAUUUGAACGACUCUGAUGCCGAUUUCAGAAAGUUCAAACUUGUUGCUGAAGACGUUCAGGGCAAGAACGUUCUCACCAACUUCCACGCUAUGUCGAUGACCCACGACAAGUUGUGCUCGAUCGUCAAGAAGUGGCACACGCUCAUCGAGGCCAACACUGCCGUCAAGACCACCGAUGGAUUCACCCUCCGAAUCUUCUGCAUUGCCUUCACCAAGAAGUCACCAAACCAGGUCAAAAAGACCUGCUACACCAAGACCUCAAAGAUCCGCAAGAUCCGCGCCCAGAUGGUUGAGUGCAUCGAGAAGGAGGUUGCCGGAAACGACUUGAAGUCCGUUGUCAACAAGCUUAUCCCAGACUCGAUCGGAAAAGACAUCGAGAGAGCCUGCUCCAAGCUCUACCCACUUCAAGAGGUCUACAUCCGCAAGGUGAAGAUCAUCAAGAAGCCAAAGGUGGACGUCGGAAAGCUUUUGGACUUGCACGGAGACUCCAUCACCGUCGGAGCUAACGGAGAGAAGGUUGACCGUCCAGAUGACUACGAACCACCAGUUCUCGCCGAAGUUUAA